UCUGCUCUAUAUUAUACUACUUGUAUCAGCACACCUUAUUCUCCUAUAUAUACACACACACACACACACACACACACACACACACACACACACAUAUCUCGCUGUAAGAUCCAACCUCGCAAAUUCUCUCUCUAUCUCCAUACCUCGCUUUCUCCGCCUGUGUCCAUACUCUUCGGAAAUCGGAAUCAAUGGCGGAGGAGAAGAAAUGGGUGUUGAUGGUGACAGCCCAGACGCCGACGAACAUAGCGGUGAUUAAGUACUGGGGGAAGAGGGACGAGACCCUAAUCCUCCCCAUCAAUGACAGCAUCAGCGUUACCCUCGACCCAGCCCACCUCUGCACCACCACCACCGUCGCCGUCAGCCCUGCGUUCCAACAAGAUCGCAUGUGGCUCAACGGAAAGGAAAUACCACUCUCUGGAGGCAGAUAUCAGAAUUGUCUAAGGGAAAUUAGAGCUCGUGCUUGUGAUGUUGAAGAUGAGAAGAAGGGUAUCAAGAUCUCGAAAAAGGAUUGGGAGAACCUGCAUCUGCAUAUCGCUUCCUAUAAUAAUUUCCCUACUGCUGCGGGCUUGGCUUCUUCUGCUGCUGGUUUUGCCUGCCUCGUUUUUGCCCUUGGAAAGCUAAUGAAUGUGAAAGAAGAUAAUAGUCAACUUUCUGCUAUAGCAAGGCAAGGUUCAGGAAGUGCUUGCAGAAGUCUAUUUGGAGGAUUUGUUAAGUGGAACAUGGGAAAAGAUGAAAAUGGAAGUGAUAGUCUUGCUGUUCAACUUGUGGAUGAGAAGCACUGGGAUGAGUUGGUUAUUAUCAUUGCAGUGGUAAGUUCAAGGCAGAAGGAAACAAGUAGCACUAGUGGAAUGCGUGAGACUGUUGAAACCAGUCCACUUAUACAGCACAGAGCAAAGGAGGUAGUUCCAAAACGAGUCAUUCAAAUGGAAGAAGCGAUUAAAAAUCGUGAUUUUCCAACUUUUGCUCACCUAAGUUGUGCAGACAGCAACCAGUUUCAUGCAGUCUGCCUCGACACUUCUCCUCCUAUAUUCUACAUGAAUGAUACAUCUCAUAGGAUAAUUAGCUGUGUCGAGAAAUGGAAUCGGUCAGAAGGAACUCCACAGGUUGCUUACACUUUUGAUGCCGGGCCAAAUGCUGUUAUGAUUGCUCGCAAUAGAAAGGCUGCCACUCUCCUUCUUCAAAGGCUGCUGUUUCACUUCCCUCCAAACUCAGACACCGAUCUAAGCAGCUAUGUCAUAGGCGAUAACUCAAUACUAGAGGAUGCUGGCAUUAAGGAUUUGAAGGACAUAGAAGCAUUGCCUCCACCUCCCGAAGUUAAGGAUAAUGUUCCUGCUAAGAACAAGGGUGAUGUUAGUUACUUCAUCUGCACAAGACCAGGAAGAGGUCCAGUUUUGAUUACUGACGAGAAUCAAGCUCUCCUCAACCCUGAAACAGGGUUGCCCAAGUAAAGCAUGGAGUUUCUGUUCUUUUAUCAUAAGCGCAUUCAAUCUUGUCAAAGUUUCAGAAAUUGAAACUUAAUGCUGCUUUUACCUCUUCUUUGCCUGCAGUUUACAAUUCCUUUCAUUCAGUACACUCCAUAUAGAAAAUAGCUUGUACUCCUUGAGAACAUGUUACUCUCAGAAUUUAAAGAGAAUUUGCACUGACAA